AAGGCGCGGGCCGCGGCCGGGACCCUCGCGGCAGACAUGGACUUGCAUUGUGAUCGCGCCGCCGAGCCGCCGGCCGCCGAGCCGCCGUCGGGCAAGAUUAACAGAGCCGCCUUCAAACUGUUCAAGAAGAGGAAGCCGGGCGGCGCGAUGCCUAGCAUCUUCGGGGUCAAAAACAAAGGGGACGGGAAGGGCGCGGGGCCCGCGGGGCUGGUGCGGAGCCGGACGCACGACGGGCUGGCCGAGGCUCUGGCUCUGGAGGGCGGCCGCCGCGAGGAGCCGCGCGCGGGCGGCGGGGACGGGGCGCGGCCGGGCCCCGCGGCCCCCCGGGCGGGCCCGGGCGGCGCGGGCCCGGCGGCCGGCGGCUCGGUGGCCAAGUCGCACAGCUUCUUCUCGCUUCUGCGGAAGAACGGGCGGCCCGAGAGCGGCGGGGCGGAGCAGGCCGACGCGGGCAAGGCCGGCGGCAGACAAAAGCGGGGGCUGCGGGGGCUCCUGGGCGGCGUGCGCUGGCGCAGGAAGGACCGGCGGCCCAAGGAUGCGGCACCGGCCGGGCGCGCGGGGGCCCCGGGCAGCCUGGCGCGGCCGGGGUCGCUCACCGCCAGCCUGGAGUGCGUCAAGGAGGAGGCGCCCGCGGCCGCGCGCGAGCCGGAGCCAGCAGGUGAGCCCGCGGCGGGGGAGCCGGAGCCGGAGCCGGCCUGCGCCCCGGGAGAGGGCGCCGCGGGACCCGGGCGCGCCGAGCGGCCCCGCGCGCCCCCAGAGCCCGACCCCGAGCCGCGCGCCGGGGAGGGCCGGCCGGCCGAGGACGCCGCGGGGCCCGAGGCCGCGCCGGCCGAGACUGCGCCCCGGCCCGACUCCGAAGGCGGCCGCGCGCCCGCCGCCCCCGACCCUUCUUCGGUCGAUCCGCCCUCCGACCCAUCGGCCGAUCGUAUUUGUCUGAUGUUCUCUGACGUGACUUCACUGAAAAGCUUUGACUCUCUUACAGGCUGCGGAGAUAUUAUCGCAGACCCCGAGGACGAGGCAGGGCCCAGCUGUGCCAGGCAUGCCCCCGCGCCGGGCCAGCCGGGCCCCGCCCAAAAGCCCCCCGGCGUGGUGGCCUACCAGGGAGGCGGGGAGGAGAUGGCGAGCCCGGCCGAGGCGGACGACUCGUACCUGCAGGAGUUCUGGGACAUGCUCUCCCAGACCGAGGACCAGGGCCCGGGGCCCCAGCAGGGGGCGGCCCCGGCGGCGGCGGCGGCGCCCGAAGCGCAGGUAGCCCCCGAGACCCCCAAGGACGCCAGGCGGGCCGAGGGGGCCAAGGACGCGUCCUCGGUCAAGCGCCGGAGGCUGCACCGGCUCCCCACGGAGCUCCAGCCGAAGGAGGAGCCCAAGCACCCGGACGAGGAGCCGCAGGAAGGCGUCCCCAACAGCGACGAGGGCUACUGGGACUCCCCCACCCCCGGGCCGCGGGAGGACGGCUCGGGCGGCGGCGUGAGGAAGGCGGGCCUCCCCCGGGACAGCGACAGCGGUGACGCGCUCUACGACCUCUACGCCGAGCCCGAUGGAAGCCCCGCGGCCCUGCCCGCCGCCGCCGAGGACACGUCCUGCCCGUCCCGGUUAAAGCCCGUGUCUCCGGUCACCGUCACCUGUGCCCUGCGAACGCCGGGGAGCUUGCCGAAGGACUCCAAGAUCCCGAUCAGCAUCAAGCACCUCGCGAACAUUCCACCCAGCCACGCGGUGGUGCACCAGCAACCAGCCAGGAGCGAGCUGCCCAGAACCAAAAUCCCGGUGUCCAAGGUGCUGGUCCGCCGGGUCAGCAGUCGGGGCUUGGCCGGGACCACCCUCCGGGCCGCGGCGUGCCACGACAGUGCCAAAAAGUUGUGA